GGGCCACAGAAUUGUUACUUAGGGCCACAGAAUUGUUACUCGCAGGGACACAGAAUUGUUACUCGAGGGACACAGAAUUGUUACUCGGGGACAGACACAGAAUUGUUACUCAGAGACACAGAAUUGUUACUCAGGGAAACAGAACUGUUACUGAGGGCCACAGAACUGUUACUUAGGGCCACAGAAUUGUUACUCGCACAGACACAGAAUUGUUACUCGCACAGAACAGAAUUGUUACUGAGGGCCACAGAAACUGUUACUUGGGGCCACAGAAACGUUAAUCAGGGACACAGA